AAUUGCCAAAAUGGUUCGCUCAUCUAGUUCGCAUGGACCAGCCAACCGGUUCGGCCGUGAACGGCAACAGCUCUCAAUUGAACACCGAACGGCGAACACUGGGCGCUUUCUAUUUCAAUGCAUUUUCAUUAAUUGCUCCAGUUUGUUAAGUGAAAAUCAAUCAAUGCAAUUGCGCGCAUCCGGAAGUAUUACGACAUAUGUAGCGUGCCCGCAUUAAAAAGAAAUUCAACGCACGUAGGCGCCGCCACAAGGACGUUUGAGGCUGUCAGCCGGAGAGGGCACAUUUGACGUCAGCAUCCACAAUAGCACAACAGCAAAAGUACAAAGAACAGUUCAAGAAGUCUCGCAAUGAUUCACGUUGGCGAAAACUCAUGGAAUCUGCGCAUCUUCAUAACGGAUCUGGCGCUGGAGCGCACAAUGCGCGUGCGCGGCGAUCAGCACCUGGGCAGCAUACUGCUGCAGCUGGUCGAUCCGGAGAAUCCGAAGGACUGGUCCGAUCAUGCGCUCUACUGGCCGGCCAAGAACGUUUGGCUAACACGCACACGCGCCACCCUCGACCAGUGCGGCGUGCAGGCGGACAGCUUGCUGCACUUUACGCCCAUGCACAAGGUGCUGCGCGUUCAGUUGCCGGAUCUGCGCUAUAUAGACUGUCGGGUGGACUACUCGGCGAAGACGUUCGGCGCUGUUGUGAAUCUGUGCAAGCAACUGGACAUACGCUAUCCGGAGGAGCUGUCGUUAUGUAAGCCGCUCGAGGCGGAGCAUCUGAAGAAGAACUUUGCCCAGCUGCCGCAUCUGAAGCGUGUGCCCAUAGCCGAACCGGAUGGCACCACAUAUCUGCAACCGGCACCGGAUACCAACUCAUUUGUGCCCAUCAAUUCGGGUUUUAAUGGCGGCAGCAAUGGCAGCCUGGACAAGCCAUCGGCGCCGGGCCUGUUCUUCUGUGCGCCCCUGUCGCCGCACAAUGCCGCAGGCAGGCGUUCACCCACGCCUCAUACGCCCGGCAACUGGAAGCCCAGCCAAACUGGGUACGGCACCUACGACUCCUCCUCUAGUCUGGGCGAUUUUCAAGAGAACUUGGCCAGCUCGCCGCAUACGCCCAGUGCGGAUGUGCGCGCACGCCUAUUGCGACCCAAAUCGCUGGUGGAGAAGGCACGCCUCAAUGUUGGCUGGCUGGACAGCUCGUUGUCUCUCAUGGAGCAGGGCAUACGGGAAUACGAUACACUCUGUUUACGUUUCAAGUACUAUACGUUCUUUGAUAUGAAUCCCAAGUACGAUCAGGUGCGGAUCAAUCAGCUAUACGAGCAGGCCAAAUGGUCCAUACUGAACGAGGAGCUGGAUUGCACCGAGGAGGAGACGCUUAUGUUUGCCGCCCUGCAAUUUCAGGUGAACCAUCAGGUGGACAUGCAGCCGCUGGCAGCCAUUGACUCGGGCAUUGAGACGUCCAGUCAGGAGAACGACGAUGAUGAUAUCGAUUCCGCGCUCAAUGAGCUCCAGAUCACACUGGAAGGCAGCAAUGCACACGAUCCCGUUAAUAUCACACGCAUACCGGAACUCUCCGAUUAUCUGCGCUUUCUCAAGCCUCAACGUUUCACGCUGAGAGGCUACAAACGCUAUUAUUUUAUUUACCGCGACUUGCAUUUGCAUCUUUACAAGACGGCCGACGAUUCGCGAUGCACUGCCCCCGCGAUUACCAUCAAUUUGCGCGGCUGCGAAGUCACACCGGACGUGAAUCUUGCGCAGGGCAAAUAUGCCAUACGCCUGGAGGUCUCGCCCGAGGACCAUCAUGGACCCAACAGCGAGGUCUGGGUGCGCUGCGAGAACGAGCAGCAGUACGCCAAGUGGCUGGCAGCCUGUCGCUUGGCAGCCAAGGGUCGCUCCUUGGCCGACAGCACAUACGAGAGCGAGGUCGAUGGCAUCUUGUCGCUGCUGCAGAUGCAGCGACCCGUGCACGGCGUGCAUGUCAACAUUGAUCCGCGGAGCGUGGAUGCCGUAGACUAUCUGUCACCCAAGAUGCUGCGCAAGCUGUCCGGCAAGGCGGUGCAGCGCAUCCUGGAGGCGCAUGCCAAUGUGCGGGAGCUGACGCUGCUAGAGGCCAAACUGAAGUACAUACAGGCCUGGCAAUCGCUGCCCGACUUUGGCGUCUCGCUGUUCAUCAUCAAGUUCGAUGGCCAUCGUAAGGAGGAGCUGCUGGGCGUGGCUCACAAUCGCAUUAUGCGCAUGGACCUGAGCACUGGGGAUCACAUCAAGACCUGGCGCUACAACAGCAUGAAGGCCUGGAAUGUCAAUUGGGGCAUAAAGUGCAUGAUGAUACAGUUUAAUGACGAGAAUGUUGUCUUCUCUUGCCACUCCGCCGACUGUAAGGUGGUCCAUGAGUUUAUAGGCGGCUACAUUUUUAUGUCCAUGCGCUCCAAGGAUAACAAUCAGACGCUGAACGAGGAACUCUUUCACAAGCUGACGGGCGGCUGGUCGUAAAUUGAAUAUUUUUGCUAAUUUAUUGAAAUCUUUUGUUGUUGACAGUGGCCUUGCUUAGAGCCCAUUUUUAUAACCUGACGAAUGUCCCUAAUCAUUUUUGGACGGAUGCCUUUUUGAAGCGUUUAUCUUAACUAAUCCUGGAUGGAUUCUAACUGAUUUUAACUGAAAGUCUACAAUACUAGCCAAGGGCGCUUUUGCCUUCCUAACUUUAAUAACUGAGCCUUUCUACAACUAACUUUUAAGCAGAAAUAAAAUGACGCAUUCUAACAAA